AUGGGGGUGCUGAUGUCCAGGCGGCAGACGGUGGAGAAGGUGCAGAAGGUCAGCUUGGCUGUGUCAGCCUUUAAGGACGGGCUGCGGGAGCAGCCAUCGACGUGUCGGCAGGCAGAGGCGGGGGGCACACGCCGGGGGACACUCGAGCAGGAGGUGCAGGAGGCAGAGGAGGAGGCACCAGCAGGACCUUCCCAGCCGGAGGAGAGCAGCGCCACACAGCCGGGUGCUCGCACCAUCCCAUGCCUUUGCCCCAUGGCUCCUCUCUGCUCUCCACCCCAGGACAACCUCAAUCUCCUGCUGACGGAGGAAGAGAUGUACAGCCUGAUGGAGACCCUGCAGCACUGCAAGAUCAUUCCAGAGACCUGCCUGACCCUGGAUGAUUUCCUGCACUACAAACACCUGGUGCACAAGCAGCAGUUCGAGAGGACCAUGGCGGAGUCGCAGGAGGAGCAGGCAGCCCUGCAGUUCUCCGCACUGGACCCCGACAAGAAGGGGCACAUCGAGUGGCACGACUUCCUCUCCCACGAGUCCAUCCAGCUGCUGCAGAAACUACGGCCACCAGGAUGGCGAACAAAAUGUUUGAAGUUCCUUUAA